GCGGCGCGGGGCUGCGGGGAGGGGGCGGCUCCGGCUGAGGGGACGGAGCGCCGCGGCCGGGGCUGCAGCUGCUGCGGCGCGCUGCGGGCCGCGUCCCGGACGCCCCCGGCUCGGAGUAGCCGCCGGAGCCAUGUACCGCAGUGGCGCCCGCGCCGCGGUCUCCUCACACCGGCCUAAGGAGAGCGGCGGGAGCGGCCCGCGCCCCGGCCGCGGCUCCGGCUCGUCUUCGGGCCCUCCUCGGCGCCCCUCGCCGCCGCCCUCAGGCUCCUCCUCGUCGCGGACGCAGGCUCGCCGGCCCCGCUCUCCCUCAGGCCACCGCGGCCGCCGGGCCUCGCCGUCUCCGCCGCGGGGUCGCCGCGGCUCCCCGUCCCCGCCCCGCGGCCGCCGGGGCUCCCCGUCCCCGCCCCGCGGCCGCCGGGGCUCCCCGUCCCCGCCGCGGGGCCGUCGCAGCUCCCACUCGCCGCCGCGGGGCCGCCGACCCUUCGCGCCCGGCCCGUCCGCCUUCCGAGGCAGCAGCCGUGGGGAGUCCCGCGCCGACUUCGCCCGGGACAGCCGCGACCAUCCAGGCGACAGCGGCAGCCGGAGAAGAUCUCCUGGUCUGCGUUCUGAUUCUUUGGAACAGAGUUUAAGAAUCACUGUUGGCAAUGACCACUUCUGUGUUGGCAUACCAGAAAGACAGCGGCGGCUUAGUGAUCGAAUGGGGUCACCCAUGGAUAAUCUGGAGGAUGCACACAGGGAUGAACUGAGUAAGGAUUCUGUCUUCACAAGGAGAUCCCAGUGCUCUCGAGGUCUUGAACGGUACAUUUCUAGGGAAGAGGGGCCUCUCAAUCCCUUCUUGGGACAUUCGGAUGAGGACUACCACAAACGAGACACUUAUUUGCAUCAUUCCGAUUAUAGUCCCCAUAUUAGCAGUAGUGACGAGCUGUUGCAUGGAACAGAACGGAGUAGAGACAAACUAAAAAGUUCCUACUCCACACGAGCUGAGGAAAGGAGCCGAGAGUCCAAACGGCCCCGUUAUGAUGACACAGAGAAGAUACACAGCAUGGGAGAUGAUGACUCAAGUUUUUCAUCAGGAACACGAAACUAUAGACAUCGUCAUCGAAGCCCUAGUCCUAGGUUUCUAGACCCUGAGUUUCGAGAAUUGGACCUUGCAAGGCGAAAACGAGAGGAAGAAGAACGAAGUAAGAACUUAAGUCAGGAUCUGCUGGGAGUUGAUGAUGGUAGCACUAGCUGUCCCAUCCCUGGAUUGACAGGUGUCCCACCAUCACUGGAGCCAGGAUAUUCUUUACAUCGGCCUGAGGAAAUAUCUGUGAUGCCCAAGAAGUCCAUUCUCAAGAAGCGAAUUGAGGUGGAUACGGAGCCUUCCUUACAGCUUGAGAACUUUCCCUGCAGUACCAGUUGCAGCCAAGAUCAUUCUCUCUAUGCUGCACGUCCAUCUCUUCCACUAAGUGGCGCUAUUGCUUCUUUUGCCUCAGAAAUUGAAAGUAACAAGGGCACUGUGGUGGACACUGCCCUGAAGGAACCUCAGAGCAACCUCUAUCAAUGGGGUCCCCUCCCCGGGCUACCCAAAGAUAACAGUCCUGUCAGAGAGAAAUUUGGGAAUUUCCUGGGCCAGAAAGAGAAAUUGGAUACGAAGGCUGAAGGACCUGAGCAGCAUGAGCAGCACACCGACUUCUUGCUUCCUCAUGAGAGAGCUAGUCAGGAUGGCAGCGGCUUUUCUCGCAUUCUGAGUCUGUUGGCAGAUUCGACCAGCACACAGGAAAAGAGGCGACGUAGCUUCCCUGAUAUUGAAGAUGAGGAGAAAUUUCUCUAUGGGGAUGAAGAAGAGGACUUAAAGCCAGAAUCGCCACCAAAGCCCCUUGGAGGCUCUGAGAGCGAAGUUUUAAGGCAGAAGGCAGCAAGCUGUGUGCCCUCCUUAGCUCCACCUGUUAAGCGAGAAUCAGUAGAAGAGAUCAAUCCAGAAUAUGCCAAGAUUCAUGACUUGCUCAAGACCAUAGGGUUGGAUAUUGGAGUGGCAGAGAUUAGUAAGCUGGCUGUGCGCACCCAGGAGCGACUUCAUGGCAAGAAGCCAGCACGCACUCUGGCUGAUCGGCGCUCCUCUGGUGACCGGCACUUUGCAGCCCCAGAUCGCUGUUCUUCCACUGACCGCCGUUUUUCAGCUGAUCAGUGUGCUUCGGAUUCUCACAGACUGGAGAGUAGGGAAGAACACAGGAGUAAUACCCACCCCCCAGAAGUGACCUGUCCACAUCCAAUCUCCCCUGUGGAUCCUUAUCUGCUCACAAAAAAUGCUGCUCCAUUUCUGAAGUCUGACUGUGCAGCAGGUCAUAUUGCAGGACCAGAGGUGGUUGGCAGUGGGUUUCAGUCUUCUGCUUCUUCAGUUAGGUGUUUGUUGCCGUCAGCAUCACCUGCCCCCGUUAGACUUACACACCCUGUUUCUUUAUCGCAGUUUCACAUGCCAAGGACUUCUCAGUUUGCUUCCACUCGGUUACCUCCAAACUACCAGGGAUCUGUCGCUCCCCCUGCCUCCUUCGAUGCCUACAGGCACUACAUGGCAUACGCAGCCUCAAGGUGGCCCCUGUACCCCACCUCGAAACAAUCAAACCACUCUCUAACUGACCCACACAGAGUAAUGCCAGUUAGCAAACAGACAUCUCGUAGUAGACCCAAUCUCCGUGUGAUCCCCACUGUGACUCCUGACAAACCCAAGCAAGAGACAUCACUGCUGGGCCCAGAUCCUAUUGCUCCUGUGCCUGUCCAGGCGGCUAUCCCAUCUCUCAUAAGGUAUAACCCAGAGAAGAUCUCUGACGAGAAGAACCGUGCUUCACAGAAACAGAAGGUUAUUGAAGAGAGAGAAAAGCUAAAGAGUGAUCGGGAAGCUCGCCAGAAGAAGAUGUAUUAUCUCAGGACUGAGUUAGAGAGGCUUCAUAAACAGCAAGGGGAAAUGCUGCGCAAGAAACGAAGGGAAAAGGAUGGCCACAAAGACCCACUCCUGGUGGAAGUGAGUCGACUUCAGGAUAACAUUAUGAAGGACAUUGCACAACUUCGACAAGAGUCAGAAGAGGCAGAAAAGAAGCAAUCUGAACUUGAUAAAGUGGCUCAGAUCUUGGGAAUUAACAUUUUGGAUAAAUCAGAGAAGUCUUCAAGUGACAAUAAAGUACCUCUAGAGAAGCCUGGGAAAGCUGAAAAAUCCAAGAGUCCAGAAAAAGUGUCAUCCACAAAUUCCUCUUCCAAUAGCAAGGAAUCAAAGCUAAAUAAUGAAAAUUCCUGUACUAAAACCUCAAAGCCUUCUGCAAGCCCCCAGCUGGCUGCUAAGCACUCUGAUCAACCUGUUGCUACUUAUGAGUAUUAUGAUGCUGGCAGUCACUGGUGCAAAGACUGCAACACCAUCUGUGGGACCAUGUUUGACUUCUUCACUCAUAUGCACAACAAGAAGCACACACAGACACUGGAUCCUUACAACAGACCUUGGGCUUCAAAGACCCACAGUGAGGCCAAGCAAGAUGCUGUAAAACGCACUGACAAGAUUACUGUUCCUGCAAAAGGCUCUGAGUUUCUGUUUCCCAUCACUGGAUAUUACUGUCAGCUUUGUGAGGAAUUUUUGGGGGAUCCAAUUUCUGGAGAGCAACAUGUGAAGGGUCUUCAACACAAUGAGAAAUAUAAGAAAUAUGUGGAUGAAAACCCAUUGUAUGAGGAGCGGCGAAAUCUGGACCGCCAAGCUGGGCUAGCGGUAGUCCAGGAGACAGAAAGGCGACGUCAGAAUGAGCUUAAACGCAAACUUAGUGAGAAAUUAAAGGAAGAGAAGAAAGAGAAAAAGGCAAAGAUUGUGAAAGAUAUAAAUGAGGAUGACAAGAUCUCUGAGGAAUUAGAUGACCAUUUCUCUGAGGGUAGGCACUGUCCUGAAAAGACUAUCUAUAAAAGAAAGGCUAGCAUCAAACUCCAGCUAAAAGAAGAGGUAAAGAAAGAUUCACCAGUCACUUCCUCUUUUGGGAAAUUCAGCUGGAAGAAAUCAGAAAAAGAGGAGGAAAAAAGUACAGCAGUGGUUCCAAGUAUUCCCAAGGAAGAGACUGUAGAAAGCAGUAAGGACAAGGAGGAUAUCAAAGCUGAAACCGGGAAGGCAAAACCCAUUAAAAUCAGGCUCUCUGGAAAAACUGUUGUGGCACAUACUAGCCCUUGGACACCUGUUGUGACAACUUCAACCCAGACUAAGAUUCGACCCAAUCUGCCUAUUCCAUCCACAGUGCUCCGCAAGACAGGUUCAGCUACAGUGAGCAAACCAGCUCCUCUUAAUACCUUUCUGUCAAUCAAGUCUUCUGGAACCACUGCUAAGCCUCUGCCAGUAGUUAAAGAGUCAUCAACUGAACUUCUUUUACCUCCUGACAUCAUCUCCAAAGCAUUUGGAGGGGAAGAGGUGAUUCUAAAAGGACCUCCAGAGGAAAAAAUGGUAACGACUGAAAAGAAAGAACCAUCCCAUAUACCAGAACAAAUGCUACCUCCCCCGCCCCCACCUCCUCCGCCUCCGCCUCCACCCCCCACAGCUAUACCUCAACCAGCUGCUCCAACUUCUGCUCAAGCAAAUGCUGCCUUGACUUCGAUAAAGUCAAGCCCAGCUGUAUCUCAGCCUCUCAGCCCUGACUUCCUGGGUCUUAACAUUUUGAACCCAGUGUUGCCGGUAGCUAUCAUGGCCUCAGCACAGUCAGCAGCCAUACCUUCUGAUGAGACAGCGCCUGGGGAGCUACUGCAGAUGUCUGCAGAUUUCCAGAAUGAAGCCACCUCUGGUCCACAGAAUCAGGGAUGGAAGCCACAGAGACCAGAGGAAUAGUACUCGCCCCUGCAGCCAGUACCUGGUCACCCCUAGGUCCGGACAGCUUUGGGAAAGUGAGUGUGGCUGCUGGGGCAGGAAUGGGUUGUGGAGAAGGUUUGGCCAUUUCUACUGCCAGCAAAUAAUGAUCCCGCCAUUUGGAAGAGAAUUGAUGACAUGGCUACUGAUAUUGAAGAGUGAGCUAUAGAGGGGAUAAAGGAAGUGUGAUGUUUGAAAUUCAACUUGAUGAUGUGAUGGUUGUGAAUCAGCUGAAAUGAGCUACCCUACAUCAUUGUCUGAGUGGUCAAGUUCUCAGCUAAAUGCACAUAAUACAAGUGAAGUAUUCCUGGGUCAGUGGAUGCGAGAGCCAGUGGCUGCACUGUGGCGUGCACUUAGCUUGGAAGCCGAGUGGAAAAGCACCAAGGUUUGCGAGGCAGAGCCAACCAGAGCCCCGAAGCAGCACUGGGGUGUGUCCCAGGCACUCAGCAAAGCCUGCCACCAACAAAAUGUAUCCUGAUGCACCACAAGUGGUGAUGCUUUAUAAGUCACACAUGGACAGGAAUAUUCCAGCCUCAACAGCCUCAGAGAAGUGUGCACAAGCUCUGUGCACACUCAGUGCCUUCUCACCUGUCCUAGCCACCUGAAUUCCCAUCCUGAAACCACUGUGAUGUAGAGAGUCACGGCCACAUACAUAAAGUGUCUUGGAUGAUAGCAGCUGUCUCUAAGCAGCACUUCAUGCAAAGUCUAUGCCCCUGGAGAACGGAUCUCAGAUUACCUGUCAUCUGCAGAAGUCAUCCACUCUGAUCAAUGCCUCUUUGAAAGCCUAAGUUAGAAUACAGGUUUGACAACUGGAAUAUGGAUACAGAUAGAAAGAAAACUCCAGGACCGGAGCAAUAGUACAGUGAGGAGGGCGUUUGCAUUGCAUGCUGCCAAUCUUCGUUCAAUCCCCAGCAUCUUAUAGAUCUCCAAGCCUUGCCAAAAAUUCUGAAUGCAGAGCCAGGAGUAACCACCGAGCAUCGCUGACUGUGGCCCAGAUACAAACAGACAAAGCAAACUCAAAAAGCUAUAUUCCUAAGAGGACCAGGCCAGUCCUGCUCAUAGAUGAUCUGGUUUGAAGGUUGCUUGUGACUAUCUAACAAUAUUGUUAGAUAUUGGAGCCCAAGUUAGUGAAUUGCCACCUGUCAGCGAAACUGGCUGGAGUUACGAGAUGGCCGGUCCCUAACCCCUGGGAAGAGUGCUGAACCCCAAGGCAAGCUGUACCACCUGCAGCAUCCCAAAGGCAGAAACCACCAGGGGACUCUGGAGGGUAGUUGAGAUGCUUGCCUGGAAUGUGGCCAGCUCCAGUUUGGUCCCUGUCACCAUGUGGUCCUCCAAGCAUUGUUGAGGUAGUCAACAAUGCUUGGCUCACUUUGGGAGCCUCAGCCCUUCCCAAAAAAGAAAGAAAUGUGUUAGACAUUUAUUGAUAACAAGCAAAAUAAACUAACUUAUUGUGGAGUCUGCUACGGGGCAGGCUUGAGGGUUGAUUAGGGAAAUGGAGAUGGUGGAGAGAAGGAGACAGCGGUGGUGGGAUUGGUGUUGGAAUAUUGGAUGCCUGUAGUAAAUCAUCAUGAACAACUAUAAAAACCACGUGUUUAAAUAAAGUGGGGAAAGAAAAAAAAUGCCUGAGGAGAUUCACAUGCAGUACCACAAUUUUGACUCUGAAGGAUAUCUUAGGUUCCAUUUGUCACUUUUUACAACUUAACUGUCAGGAACAUACUGACAGUUUAUAGGGAUUUAACUUCCUGGCAAAGUAGAAACUUUGGUCUUAGUUAGAAUUCUAUAAAAUCAUGCAAAAGAAUUAUUUUAUUAGAAUAGUAUGUUUAGUAAUAUAUAGUAUUACUAAAGUAACAACAACACAAAUGCAAGUUUUAUUAGAAUAGUAUGUUUAGUAAUAUAUAGUAUUACUAAAGUAACAACAACACAAAUGCAAGUAUGUUUAGUAAUAUAUAGUAUUACUAAAGUAACAACAACACAAAUCCAAUGUAAGAGCAAAAUCUCAAGUGGCAUAUGCUGUUAAGUAAUGUGAAGGAGUCUGUGAUGCUUAUGACAGCACAAAGGAAGACCCAGUCUAUUAGACAUUGAUUUGUGUUAGGAAUCCUGUGCUUUAUGGAAGGCACAAGCUGAAAAAUGAUUAGAGUUAAAACGUGUUUCUGGGGGCUGGAGUGAUAGUACAGUGAGUGGGUAGGGCGUUUGCCUUGCACAUGGCCGACCCCGGUUCGAUUCCCAGCAUCCCAUAUGGUCCCCUGAGCACUGCCAGGAGUAAUUCCUGAGUUCGAAGCCAGGAGUUAACCCCUGUGCAUUGCCAGGUAUGACCCAAAAAGAAAAGAAAAAAAAGUUCUGAAGAUAAUGUAAGGAUGCUGAGCACUAACUGGGAACACAUCCCCCAACUUGAACUCAACAGCGUUCAUGGGAGCACAUUACUGGUAGGCUGUGACGCUGUCUUGGGAGUCUUCCCCAGCCCAUGUGGAAAUUUGCAGUGGCACUGUGCAAACUGUGGGCUGGCCUGAACACUUGCAAUUUGGAAUACAUAUUAAAAACAAAGACAGUACAGCACACAAGGUGCUUACCUUGCACAUGACUGACCCGGGUCCCGUCUUCUGCACCCCAAGUGGCUCUCAAGCCACCCAGGAGUGAUCCCUGAUAAGCCCUGAGCACCAUCAGGUGCAGCCCAGAGUAAGAAAAAACAUCGAGCAUAGGGGCUGGAGCGAUAACACAAAGGGUAGGGCAUUUGCCUUGCACACAGCCGACCUGGGUUCGAUCCCCAGCAUCCCAUAUGGUCCCCUGAGCACUGCCAGGAGUAAUUCUUGAGUGCAGAGCCAGGAGUAACCCCUGUGCAUCGCCAGGUGUGACCCAAAAAGAAAAAAAUAUCAAGCACAUUUCUAAAAGGUACAUUUCCUACAAAGUCAAAUCUUUUCUUAAUAGGAAACUGCUGUUGUAGGCAUAGUAGGCAGUGAUCUUGAUAGAAAGUAAGUUUGGAGUCCAGGUUUGUGAGAUGUGUUCCCAAACAGCAGCAGGAAGUCUCACCGACUCUCCAGGAAGUGACAGUCCACCAGCCAGGGCCAAAGCAGCAAUCCCUAUUGCCCACAUCUUGCAAUUCUUCCACUAGGAUUGAUUAGGCAUUUGGUCCAAACUGCCUGUGGUGCAUCUACAAUGUUGUGUAAUGCCAAGAGCUUCUGAGCUCUUUCCGUCAUCUUAUGCACAUUGAUCCAGGAGGGUCACUACCUCAUCCACUUGGUUUACGUCUGCUGGAGUCUUCGAUUACUGCCAGCAACAGUACUAGAGCCUGCAGGCUUCUGGUGGAUAUUUUGUGGGGGGUGUUGGAGAAGGAGGCAGCAAAGGUGGGCAAGGAAUGGUAGAAGGGUGGCACGGGGACAAAUGUCUGCCCAAAUAGUUUUACAGAGAGAAAUAAGAUGGGUGACAAAACAAGCUGGCCUUUGGGGAUAGUCAUGGACAGGGGGAGGAUACAGAAAUGUUUCCACUGUGCAAGAAUUUCUGAUUACUUCAGACAACAAUCAGAAAAUAAGGGGCUGGAGUGAUAGCACAGAAGUAGGGCGUUUGGGGCCGGAGCGAUAGCACAGCGGGUAGGGCGUUUGCCUUGCACGCGGCCGACCCGGGUUCAAUCCCCGGCAUCCCAUAUGGUCCCCCAAGCACUGCCAGGAGUAAUUCCUGAGUGCAAAGCCAGGAGUAACCCCUGAGCAUCGCUGGGUGUGACCCAAAAAGCAAAAAAAAAAAAAAAAAGAAGAAGAAGUAGGGCGUUUGCCUCGCAUGCGGCCGACCCGGGUUUGAUUCCCAGCAUCCCAUAUGGUCCCCUGAGCACCACCAGGAGUAAUUCCUGAGUGCAGAGCCAGGAUAGCCACUGAGCAUCGCUGGAUGUGACCCAAAAAAGAAAAUAAAUCAAGGAUGGGUGAAAGAGCUCAAUGGAUUGAGUGCGUGCUUAGGACCCAGAAGCCCAGGUUCUACUCAUCACAUAUGUAGUCCUCCAAACAGGGCUGGUAUCAUGCUCACAACACCAAGCUGGAGUAGCUCCUGAGCACACUAGGUGUGACUCCAAAACCAAAUAAAACCUAACACUUACAUUAGCCUUAAAACUAAUCAUUGUUACCCGAAAAUGAGGAUCUUUAUAGACAUCUGGAUUAAUAAUUUUUGUGGUAGGCAUCAACUUGUACAUUUCAUUCUUUUUUUGUGGGGGUGAGGGCACAGCAGUGGGCUCAAGGGUAACUCCUUACUCUGCUCUCAGGGCUCACUCAGUCAUAUGUAGUGCUGGGAACUGUACCAGUGUCAGUUGUGUGCAAGCAAAGUGCUUUAACUCCUGUAAUACCUCUCUGACAGUACCUCCCCUUUAAAAAAAUUUUUUUUUGGUGUUUGGACCACACCCAGCUGUAGUCAGGAUUUACUCCUGCCUCUGCACUCAGGGAUCACUCCUGGCAAACUCAGGACCAUAUGGUGUACUAGGGAUUGAACGAUUGAACACAGGUGAACCACAUGCAAGGCAAAUGCAAUAGUACAGGGAGUACUAUCAAUCUGAUCCUCCCACACACACACACAAAAAAAAUACCCUUUUUUUAAAGGUCUUGAUUUGUUCAGCAGAAGGCUAGGGUUGGGGGCUGGAGCGAUAGCACAGCGGGUAGGGCGUUUGCCUUGCACGCGGCCGACCCCGGUUCUAAUCCCAGCAUCCCAUAUGGUCCCCUGAGCACCACCAGGGGUAAUUCCUGAGUGAAGAGCCAGGAGUAACCCCUGUGCAUCGCCGGGUGUGACCCAAAAACAAAAAAAAAAAAAAAAGGCUAGGGUUGGAAGGCCUUUUCAUCUAUCUUUUAGUGAUUUUUUUUUUUUUUUGGCCACACAUGCUCAUGAGACCAUAUGUGGUGUCACAGAUCAAAUCUGAGUCUGCCUGAUGUAGGGAAAGCACCUUACCUAUCCCUUGUUCUUGUUCUAUCAGACUAUCAGCAGUCUUUUUAUUUGUUGUUUAUUUCUGGAUCACACCUGCCAGUUCUAAGUGCUUACUCCUGGUUCUGUGCUCAGGAAUCACACUGGUGGGAAUGGGGGAUCAUGUGUGAUCCUGGAGAUCUGAAUCAGACACAUAAAAGCAAGUGCCCUACUCUCUGUAUUAUCACUCCACACACACACACACACACACCCCGCCCCGCCCAUCUUUUUAUUCUUACUGUUCCUAGCCGCACCAGGGCAGUGUCAGGGACUACACCUAGCUCAGGGCUGAGACGGGAGGGCACUGCUCUUGAGAGGUGCUGAUGGAGGGCAGGGAGAGAGUGCAGCAGUAGGACACUCGCCUUGCAUGUAACGAACAUGGGUUUGAUCCCCAGCAUCCUAUAUGGUCCCCCAAGCACCACCACCAGGAGUAUAUCAAAAGCAAAGCCAGGAAUAAAUCCUGAGCAUCACUGGGUGUAGCCCCAAAAUGACAAAAACAUGCAGGUGGAUGGGGCUGGAGUGAUAGCACAGCGGGUAGGGCGUUUGCCUUGCACGCGGCCAACCCGGGUUCGAAUCCCAGCAUCCCAUAUGGUCCCCUGAGCACCGCCGGGAUAAUUCCUGAGUGCGUGAGCCAGGAAUGACCCCUGUGCAUUGCCGGGUGUGACCCAAAAAGCAAAAAAAAAAAAAAAAACAAACAUGCAGGUGGAAUGAAUAGGCCAUCUUUAUUCUGAAUUAGCUGUUUAAGAAUUAACAGUUGACAUUGAAGACAAGGUCGGCAAAACCCUCCACGAUAUUGAAGAUAAAGGUAUCUUCAAAGGUGACACAGAACUAAGCAAUCUAGUAAAAACAGAGAUCAACAAAUGGGACUACAUUAAACUAAAAAGCUUCUGCACUGCAAAAGAUACAGUGACCAGAAUCCAAAGACUAUCCACAGAAUGGGAAAGGAUAUUUACACAAUACCCAUCAGAUAAGGGGUUGAUAUCGAUGGUAUAUAAAGCACUGGUUGAACUCUACAAGAAGAAAACAUCCAACCCCAUCAAAAAAUGGGGCGAAGAAAUGAACAGAAGCUUUACCAAGGAAGAAAUACGAAUGGCCAAAAGGCACAUGAAAAAGUGCUCUACAUCACUAAUCAUCAGAGAGAUGCAGAUCAAAACAACCACAAGAUACCACCUCACACCACAGAGACUAGCGCACAUCCAAAAGAACAAAAGCAACCGCUGUUGGAGAGGAUGUGGGGAGAAAGGGACCCUUCUACACUGCUGGUGGGAAUGCCGACUGGUUCAGCCCUUCUGGAAAACAAUAUGGACGAUUCUCAAAAAAUUAGAAAUUGAGCUCCCAUUUGACCCAGCAAUACCACUGCUGGGAAUAUAUCCCAGAGAGGCAAAAAAGUAUAAUCGAAAUGGCAUCUGCACAUGUAUGUUCAUCGCAGCACUGUUUACAAUAGCCAGAAUCUGGAAAAAACCCGAAUGCCCUAGAACGGAUGACUGGUUGAGGGAACUUUGGUACAUCUAUACAAUGGAAUACUAUGCAGCUGUUAGAAAAAAGGAGGUCACGAAUUUUUUAUUUAAGUGGAUCGGCAUGAAAAGUUUCAUGCUAAGUGAAAUGAGUCAGAAAGAGAGAGACAGACAUAGAAAGAUUGCACUCAUCUAUGGCAUAUAGAAUAACAGAGUGGGAGACUAACACCCAAGAAUUGUAGAAACAACUACCAGGAGGUUGACUCCAUGGCUUGGAGGCUGGCCUCACAUUCUGGGGAAAGGGCAACUCAGAGAAGGGAUCACCAACUAUAAUGUAGUCGAAGGCCAUGUGGGAGAAGGGAGUUGUGGGCUGAAUGAGGGCUAGAGACUGAGCACAGUGGCCACUCAACACCUUUAUUGCAAACCACAACAGCUAAUUAGAGGGAGAGAACAGAAGGGA